CCAUGGGCAACCGCGCGGGCCGCACCGACUUCGAGUGGGUCUACACCGACCAGCCGCACACGCAGCGGCGGAAAGAGAUGCUCGCCAAGUACCCGGCCCUCAAGGCCCUGAUGCGGCCGGACCCUCGGCUCAAGUGGACGGUGCUGGGGCUGGUGCUGGCGCAGCUGCUGGCCUGCCGGCUGGCGCGGGACCUGCCAUGGCGCUGGCUGCUCUUCUGGGCCUACGCCUUCGGCGGCUGCAUCAACCACGCGCUGACACUGGCCAUCCACGACAUCUCGCACAACGCGGCCUUCGGCUCGGGCCGCGCGGGGCACAACCGCUGGCUCGCCGUGUUCGCCAACCUGCCCGUGGGCCUGCCCUACGCCGCCUCCUUCAAGAAGUACCACGUGGACCACCACCGCUACCUGGGUGGCCACGGGCUGGACGUGGACGUGCCCACGCGCCUGGAGGGCUGGCUCUUCUGCACGCCGGCGCGCAAGCUGCUCUGGCUGCUGCUGCAGCCCUUCUUCUACUCGCUGCGGCCGCUCUGCGUGCACCCCAAGGCCGUGACCCGCAUGGAGGUGCUCAACGCCCUGGUGCAGCUGGCCGCCGACGCUGCCCUCUUCACCCUGUGGGGGCUCAAGCCCGUGGUCUACCUGCUGGCCAGCUCCCUGCUGGGCCUCGGCCUGCACCCCAUCUCGGGCCACUUCGUGGCCGAGCACUACAUGUUCGUCAAGGGCCACGAGACGUACUCCUACUACGGGCCCCUCAACUGGAUCACGUUCAACGCGGGCUACCACGUGGAGCACCACGACUUCCCCAGCAUCCCGGGCUGCAACCUGCCCCUGGUGCGGAAGAUUGCUCCCGAGUACUACGACCACCUGCCGCAGCACCACUCGUGGGUGAAGGUGCUCUGGGAUUUCGUGCUCAAGGACUCCCUGGGGCCCUACGCCAGGGUGAAGCGGGUGUGCAGGCUGGCCGAGGACGGUCUGUGAGCCC